AUGGGAGACCGUUACUUCCCAAAUGAAAUGCCAGGCCACAUGCCUGAAACAACAACAACGACAACAGUCGCUGAAAGAAACAACGGAGACUCACUCACAAAGCUCCUGUCUUUGCCUUACAACACUCUCUCUCAAAGACUUAAAGCAUCAGCCUUGGGCCUCAAAGAUACAGUGGUGAGGGAGACAUGGGGAAAGAGGGUAAAAGAUUAUAGUUUGUACACUGGGGCAUUGGGGACUGCUUACUUGCUUUUUAAAGCUUACCAAGUUACCAAGAAUCAAAAUGAUCUUAACCUGUGCUCUGAGAUUGUCAAGGCUUGUGAUUCUGCUUCUACAGAUUCUGGACGUGUGACAUUUAUAUGUGGACGGGCUGGUGUUUGUGCUCUUGGUGCUGUUGCAGCAAAGCAUGCUGGGGAUGGAAGGCUAUUAGAUCAUUACCUAGCACAGUUCAAAGAGAUCAAACUUCCUAGUGAUUUGCCGUAUGAGUUAUUAUAUGGGAGAGCUGGUUUCUUAUGGGCUUGCUCAUUUCUAAAUAAGCACAUUGGUAAAGAAACCAUAUCAACGAGCCACAAAAGAGCAGUUGUGGAUGAAAUAAUUAAGGCUGGAAGAUUGGCACGCAAGGGAAGAUGUCCAUUGCUGUAUGAAUGGCAUGGAAAAAGGUACUGGGGUGCUGCCCAUGGAUUGGCUGGGAUCAUGCAUGUUUUGAUGGACAUGGGACUGAAACCAGAUGAGGUGGAGGAUGUCAAGAGUACAUUACGCUACAUGAUUAAGAACAGGUUUUCCAGUGGCAAUUAUCCUUCAAGUGAAGGAAACGAAUCGGAUCGUCUUGUGCAUUGGUGUCAUGGGGCUCCUGGGAUUGCUCUUACCCUUGCAAAAGCAGCUGAGGUUUUUGGAGAUAAGGAGUUUCUGCAGGCAGCUAUGGAUGCAGGGGAGGUGGUUUGGAACCGGGGGCUGCUAAGACGAGUUGGCAUAUGUCAUGGCAUCAGCGGGAAUGCAUAUGUUUUCCUUUCACUCUACCGGUUGACUGGUAAUGCAGAGUACUUAUACAGGGCCAAAGCAUUUGCAUGCUUUUUACAUGAUAGAGCACACAAACUUAUAUCAGAAGGGAAGAUGCAUGGAGGUGACCGGCCCUAUUCACUCUUUGAGGGUGUUGGAGGAAUGUGUUGUCUCUUUCUUGACAUGCUUGAACCAUCUGAAGCCAGGUUCCCUGCAUAUGAACUUUAG